GCGGCAGUCUAACCUUGCCGUAACCUGAGUGUCGUACCUCUUCUACAAGCGGCUUGAUCGUCUCAACGAGAGUGCUGGAUGAUAUGUUUGAUUCAGGUUAAAUUUGGGUAUGACCAGUGCUUCCUGUCUGGUUUAUGACUUUAUGUAUGGGACUCUUUCCUGCUUGGAAUAAGUUUUAACUAGAUUGUAUAAUGUUGAAAUGCCCAUUCUUGGUUUCUGUGGCAUAUAAUUUUAAAAUUGAAGUAGAGUAGGUUUGAUAAUUUACUUGUUUCAUGAAAAGGUUGAACAGAAUAUUGUUAUCAGCAUGUUUAGGACAAUUUUUUUGGGGAGGACACUCUUGGCUGCAGCCAAGUCGGAAGCUUCUGCUGCGGGUGUUGCAGUCAAGUCAGAAGCUUCUGCUGCAGCUGCUUCUUCUGCUAGAACAUCAUACAAUCCUUUGGAGGAAUUCUUUGAGGCAGAUAGAAGUCAAGAUGAUGACAAACCGGUUGUUUAUGGUCGCAGUUGGAAGGCUUCUGAAUUGCGUCUUAAGUCUUGGGAUGAUCUUAACAAGCUAUGGUAUGUGCUGUUGAAGGAGAAGAACAUGCUUAUGACUCAACGUCAAAUGCUUCAUGCACAGAAUCUCCGAUUUCCAAAUCCAGAACGUCUCCCCAAGGUGAGGAAGUCAAUGUGUCGAAUCAAACACGUACUUACAGAGAGAGCCAUUGAAGACCCUGAUCCUAGGAGGUCUGCCGAGAUGAAGAGGAUGAUAAAUGCUUUAUGAUGUCUUUGGAUUUUCACGUUCUCUUUCUCUUUUCUGCAACUUUUCAAACAAUUAGACUUUGUUGUAGUGCCAAUCCUGUCAGUUGUGAUAAAUACUAAAGUAUUCGAGUCUAACAGAGCCAGUGGUGUAGUCUUUUGGUUUGUGUGCUAGUUCAUGAAGGAACUGAGACUUCUACUGUGUUCAUUGAAGCCAAGGUAGGACAAAUUGUCGAACCAGUAAUUUUC